AUGGCCUUUUGUCCACAUGUUUCUACUGUAAAUUUACAACCUCCUUCAGCAUCAACUCAAGUUCAUAAAGAGGAAUGUACACUAUGUUUUGAUUCUCAGGAUUUAUCUCCUGGAAUUGAUGUUUGUUUAACAUGUUUUAAUGCUAGUUGUCCUGGCCCUGAACGUAAUCAUUCUCAAAUUCAUUAUCAAAAAACGAAUCACCCACUUGUUUUAAAUAUUCGUCGUUUGAUCAAAGAUAAACCAAAAAGACCUGAUGAAAAUGAAGAACCUCCUCAAAAAAUAAGUAAACUUGCAAUUGUACCCGAAUCUGAAGAAGAGAAAUAUGAAUUUUUGACAAAAGUUAAAUGUCAUACUUGUGACGGAGUGGAAGUUGACAAAACAUUAGAUAAUCUUCCAUUUGUGAUUGAUUCCAUUAUGCUUUCAAUUUCAGCCAAUAGACAAUCAGAAAUCAAAGCUUGGGAAGAAGAAAUCACUGCAUGCGAACAUACACAAAAUUUAGUACAAGAGCCUCCAAAAGCUUUAGAAUCACAAAAUUUUGCACAUUGUAAAGAUUGUGAUUUAAAGGAAAAUUUAUGGUUAUGUCUUGUUUGUGGUAAUAUUGGUUGUGGUCGUCAGCAAUAUGGUGGUAUCUCUGGAAAUGGUCAUGGAUUAGCUCAUUUUGAAAGUACAAAUCAUCAAAUAUCUUGUAAAUUAGGAACAAUUACUCCCGAAGGAACUGCUGAUAUUUAUUGUUAUGUCUGUAAUGACAUGAAACUUGAUAAUGAGGUAGUCAAACAUUUAGCAAAUUUUGGAAUAAAUAUUGAAUCACAACAAAAAACUGAAAAAAGUAUUACUGAGCUUCAACUUGAACAAAAUCUGAAAUUUGAUUUCAGUAUGGUAACUGAAGAUGGUAAAGAGCUUGAACCAUUAUCUGUUGUUACAUGGCUUCAGUUCUACAAUCUGUAUUUUCCUUGGCAAAUUUCCAAGAAAGAGCCAGCCAAUUGUAUACAAUGUCAGUUAUCAAAGAUUGCUGAUGGUUUAUUAAGUGGCCGUUAUUCUAAUUCUAAUGAAAAAUUGGGCUCAGAGGAUGAUAAACGAGAAGAUAAUGGAAUUAAGCCUGCAAUGUUUAAAACUCUUAUUGGAAAAGGUCAUGAAGAAUUCUCUACAAUGAGACAGCAGGAUGCAUUUGAAUUUCUUCAAUAUUUAAUCACUACAAUAGAAAGAAAGGAACACAAUAAUCCUAAGAAUGAUCCUACUCGAUCUUUCAAAUUUAGUAUUCAACAGCGUUUACAAUGUUUGGAAUGUAAAGGAGUACGGUACAAAAAUAAUACCGAGUCAUAUAUAUCAGUACCAGUUCCUGCAAAAAGAAUUGCUGGAACUGAGGAGAAUGCAGAAGAUCGAUAUGAACCAGUGACGAUUGAAGAAUGUUUAGACUCGUAUACUGCAGAUUCUAUUAUUGAAUAUUUUUGUCCUGCUUGUGACAAAAAAGCUUCAGCAAUAACUAAUACAAAAUUCUUGAGUUUUCCCGAAAUACUCAUAAUUCAUGCUCGUAGAUUUGAACUGGUGAAUUGGGUUCCUCGAAAAAUAAGUGUCCCAAUACUCUUUAAAAAAGAUACCUUGACAUUUGAUAAAUAUUUAGCUAAAGGUAGACAAGAAAAUGAAACUUUACUUCCAGAAGAAAGUUCAACUGGUAAUCAAGAACCAUCUAUAAAUGAAUCGGAUCUUAAUCAGUUGCUUUUAAUGGGAUUUCCUGAAAUUCGGUGUAAGAAAGCCUUGAUUGUAACUGGUAAUAACGGAGCUGAUGUAGCAAUGAAUUGGUUGUUUGAACACAUGGAUGAUCCAGAUAUUGAUAUUCCAAUGACUAUAAAUAAUAAUAGUGGAAAAAAUUCAACUAUGCAACAAAGCCCCAAUUCUAAUGAUACAUAUGGAGAUUCAAGUUUACCAGCAACAUAUAAACUUCAUAGUGUCAUUUCACAUAAAGGAACCUCAGUACAUUGUGGACAUUACGUAGCACAUGUACGAAAGUCUGAUCAAUGGGUCUUAUUUAAUGACAACAAAGUAGUUGCUGCACCUAAUCCUCCUAUUGAAGAUUCUUAUAUUUAUGUAUUAGAAAGGAUUCUCAUUAUUGAUUAA